GAUUCUCUCUACAAAUAAAACUCUACGGAAGACAUUUAUCGCGGACGGGUGUUCCAAAAAACUAGUUCCGGGUAUCAACAGCCUGGUGGCUAACAUUAGCUGAAACGCAGUCUCCACUCCUUUCUUCUACAGAGUGGCUUAACAUAAAUCUCGGAACAGGAUGGAUGGUGAAGAGAGAACCUACGGUGGCUGUGAAGGGCCAGAUGCCAUGUACGUGAAAUUGAUCUCUUCAGACGGCCAUGAAUUUAUUGUGAAAAGAGAACAUGCCUUGACAUCUGGGACCAUCAAAGCCAUGUUAAGCGGGCCAGGUCAGUUUGCUGAGAACGAAACCAAUGAAGUGAACUUCAGGGAGAUUCCGUCUCACGUCCUGUCCAAGGUCUGCAUGUACUUCACCUACAAGGUCCGUUACACCAACAGCUCCACAGAAAUACCUGAAUUUCCCAUCGCUCCGGAGAUCGCACUGGAACUGCUCAUGGCUGCGAACUUUUUGGAUUGCUAAAGUUACAGAGAUAAUGAAGCAGCUUAAAACAUUUUUUAGAUUUUUUGAAUAUUUAAAUUGUUUUGCCAUUUACAUGAGUAAAUAAGUAUGUCACCUUGAGUUUCUUUUUUUUAUUUUAUUUUUUUUUUAAGUUUUUUUUUUUUUUCCCCACACCUGGCUUUCUGUCAUCAUUUUAUUAGUAUUAAAGGAUUUCAUUUUAAUGUAAUAAAUGGAUAUGGCAGGAUGCAUCACUUGCCUCAGAAUGUGAUAAAUGUGCCCCCCCCCACCCCAAACAUCUUUCCUCACCUUUCCAGCUUAAUAAAGACCUGUUUGGUGAGCACUUUGUUGCCUUGUUCCA